UGCCGAUUAUUUAAAGUUGCCACAACAAACUGAAAGUAGAAAUAUCCUGUGGUGUUUAUCUUUAAAUAGCACUUCAAUACACCCAAUUACACGUGGAAGAUGGGGUCAAAAGUAAAGAUAGGCAUCAUUGGAGGAUCUGGGCUAUCUAAACCAGAUAUAUUAAAAGGGGGACAGGAAAAGGAAGUCAUCACACCUUUUGGGAAGCCAUCUGAUGCUUUAAUAUGUGGUGAGAUAGAGGGAGUACCUUGUGUUUUAUUAUCCAGACAUGGCAGAGGACACACAAUUAUGCCCACUAAUGUAAAUUUCCGGGCCAAUAUAUGGGCUAUGAAAGAGAUGGGCUGUACUCAUUUGUUGGUAACCACAGCAUGUGGAUCAUUACAAGAAGGCAUACAUCCUGGGGAUGUUGUAGUUAUUGAUCAAUUCAUUGAUAGAACACAGAAAAGAAUCCAAACAUUUUUUGAUGGAGCUCCCCUCUCACCUUUAGGUAUUUGUCACAUGUCCAUGGCAGAUCCUUUCUGUUCUAGGACAAGUAAGAUGUUGUAUGAAAGUGGGAAGAAUUUAGGUUUAUCUAUUAGAGAAACUGGUACCAUGUUAACCAUUGAAGGUCCCAGAUUUUCAUCUAGAGCUGAAAGUAAAUUAUGGAAUUCCUGGGGAGCGCAUUGUAUUAACAUGACAACAGUACCUGAGGUAAUACUUGCAAAAGAAGUUGGCCUUUGCUAUGCUUCCAUGGCAUUGGUUACAGACUAUGACAGUUGGAGGGAAGGAGAAGAAGGGGUCAAUGUAGAAAAUGUUAUGAAGAUAUUUAAACAGAAUUCCUCAAAUGCACUGAAAAUUUUACUUGAUGUAAUACCAAAGAUAGCAAAAGAAGACUGGACCAAAACAUUGGAGGACUGUAAGAAUGCUGUGACGAUGAACACCUUGCUGCCACAUAGUUAUUAACAUGAUUUGGAUAUUUACGCAAUAUUUUACUUUUCUAUUGUUAACCUGGAGCUACAUUGCUUAAGAUACAUGAACAUUUGUAUUACAAUCUUAUUGAAAUUAACUGGCAGCGAUCAAGCAUAAAAAAUGAGCGAGUGCAGAAAUUUAAUUUAAAGUCGAUUAAUUUGUACUUGUAUUACAGUAAUCAUUGGUAGCAAAACAAUCAGUUGUAACAAGCCUUUUUAGUUUAUAAAUAGAUGAAGUUAAUAACAACAGAUGUUAUUAUUUCCCUGAAUCAAUGUGUUCAGCAUAUAUUGCAUUUAUGUACUUUUAACAAUCAUUAUGUCAAUUCGUUAUGUCAUAAAUGUUAAAUAUUCAGAUUCCUUUUUAAAAACAUUUAUUUAAAUUUGUGUUUGUGUUGAGGAAAAUUCUUCUGUAAAUUCAAUAUAUGUUAAAUUAGAAAUAUCCCGGAAUGCAACUUCUACUGGCAUAAACAGUGAGACAUAUAUAAUGCCAAGGCAUUGAUACUUAUAUUUAGGAAUUUUUAAUAUUUAGAUAGUUUAAAAAAAAAGGUCACUUUGUAAUAUAAAAUAAGGAGAUGUGGUAUAUUUGUCAAUUAGACAACUAUCCAUAAAGACCAAAUGACAAAGAUGUAAACAAUUACAGGUCAAUUUCAAUCCAGAUAUGUAAUACAAAUGUGGUAUAUUUAAUAAUAAAAAAUCAUGCAUUUUGUUUAUGAUUAUAUUCACAUGUGCUGCUGUAUUUAUCUAUCGGUUUUCAAUAAAAUUUUAAUCAGGGUA